AUGCGUGUCUCCAUCUCUCUUCCCUCUCUCCAGCUGAACCAGUCUCAGUCCAGUGUGGCAGGUUUGGUGGAGGUGUCAUCAGGCAGGAGGCGGCUGUGGGCUGUUGGGGAACUGGCAGCUAUAGAGAGCGGAUACAGGCAGGCUGCAGAGCUCAAACACUCGUACCCACAGUUGAAGCCACUCCCCAGGACUGUGGCAGUGAGGACGGUGUAUGAGGCCAGGAACUGGAGCUACCAAGUUCAACAUGGAGCUGUGUGGGGCAGUCAAGAGUUCAGCUUGUCUGGUCUCUACUCUGCACCUCCAGCACUAGAGAUGGGGAACCAGACACUGAAGGUUCAGAUCAGUUGUGUUCCCCGUUGGACUCGUUUGGAGGCAACAUUGGAGCGUUCUUUACAGGGCCGACUAGACAGUGUUUCCCUGGGCUGGAUGAGGCAUGGCCGAGCGGAGCAGGUCAGAGCUCUUAGCUGGUGGAGCCGAUCGGAGGAGAUGAAUGAGACCAAGCUGGAGCUGAGGCAGCCGUUCUCCUCCACUCUCAGCCAGAUGUCGCUUCACACGCUGUCACACAGCUCGCAGAGGGAGCGACGCAGCAGCCUGGAAACUCAUCUGUCGUGGGACAGCACAGUCCCUGUCAACAUCUCCCUGAACCUGAACAAACAGUGGCAGAAUAACUCCAGCAGGGGGCAGGCGUGUGCUGUGUUCUCAACUCAACAGAUGGUAGUGUCUUCUGUUAAAGGCUGUGUGUCAGUGGCUCAGGAAGGAAACUCAUUUUCCCAAAAUGCAGAGCUUAGAUGGGACAACAGGAGCAUCAAGCAAGGCAUGAAGUACCAGAAGGGUCCACGGGGAAUGCACAGCCUUCAGGUUAAUGUCGGCCUUGACAGAGUGUCUCCUGCACCUUGUCCUUCACACACGCUCCUGACUAAGGUGCAGACCAACCUCAGGGAUCGCCUGGAGCACACAGUGCUGCUGGGCCUCUGCCCCCCACAGCCUACUUUGUCGUGGUCCGGAUCCCACAGGGUGAACUCAGGAGAGGAGCUGUUUUACACUCACUCUCGCUUAUCGGUGACAGGACAGCCCCACCAGUGCAGCCUCACCUUCACCCUGACCAACUCCUCUACUGCUCAGGGCUCCAACAUGUCUCUGUUCUCUGAGGUGCAGGCCAGAUUAGAUAGCAGCGAGAAGGUCUGGCUGAACGGGACGAUUGAGGGCAGAUGUCUUCAGACCACAGCAGGCUAUAUGAACGGGCUGGAUGAGGACGUCACUGUGAUGGCAUGUGUGGGAACAAAUGGCAGUCUGAUGCUGGAUGUGCAGAAAGGAGACGGUGGCAGCAGCAAACCUGAGACUCUGGGCAGCAUGUCUGUGGGAUCAGCCAAUCACAGGCUGAUGCUGAGAGCAAGCGGCUGCUUGGGAAGUCUGACCGCAGUGGAGGCACGGAUUCAACAUUUGAGCUCUCAGAUCCAGAAUAAGUUGCUGGAGAGAAUAAAGACUUUACAGAAUCUCCUCGUGGAAUUCAGGCGCCAGUCCAGAGGCAGCAUGUUGCUCCAGGAGCUGAGCGCCGUGCCCCUUCAUGUGUCCCAGCGGGCCGAGGCUCUGCUGGCGCACAGGGACGGAGGUUUGUUGGCUCUGUGGCAGAAUGGCCUCCUGCGUCGCAUCGUGACCGACAGCCUGCCCCGCUUCCUCGGCCUGCUGCAGCACGCCUCUCUGCUGGGACAGCAGGAGCUGAGGAGGCCUCUGGCCACUCUGGCAGGUGUAUACCAGGAUGUAAAGGGCCAGAGGCCGGAGGCGUUGUGGAGGGAGGCUGUUUCCUUGUGGACUGACGGGCUGGUGGAGGUCCUACCGGCUUUGCUGGGGAACCCUCAGCUGAGGCCGCUGGCUCAGGCCAGUGUCGCCAUGCUCAGCAUCACCCUGGAUGUGGCAGGUCAGCAUACUUACCACUGGGUGGAGACCAGGUUGGCAAUGGCUCUGUCUGGAGUCCGGAAACGACUGGCCUCUGUCUACAAAUUCUCCCCCAGCGAGUGUUCAGUGGUUAUGUCAGUGCCGCUGCCACCGCUCCCCUGGUCCAGGGUGGCCGAAGCUGGGCUGGUGGAGAUCCUUCUGGAGGAGUGGCUCCUGAUGCCCCUGCAGACACUCGCCUCUGUCAGACCCAUAGCUGAACUAUACCGCCUCAAAAGGAAGAUCAUGGACAGCCCAUUUAGACACCAAGCUCUGUUGGUGGCAGAUCAGUUUGUAGUGACAUUUGACGGUCACCUGUAUGAGCUCCCGGGCUCCUGUCCGCUGCUCCUGGCCCAAGAUGUCAGCGUCGACCCUUCAUUCACACUGCUGCUCAAUCCAGACACACAUAACCUCCUCCUCAUAAGAAUGAAUAACAACACCAUCCACAUUCAGCGCAAUGGACAGGUGAAGGCCAACUGCAGCAACGCUGUAACGCAAACAUUUCACAGUGGCAGCGGAGUGGCUGUUAGAAGUGGGUCGAAUGUCGUGCACGUGUCUAAUCGGAACGGAGCGUCAGUGUCAUGUGACCUGUUGCUUGAGGUGUGCAGCUUCACUCUGGAUGGAUGGUUGCAUGGCACGUCCACUGGUCUGUUAGGGACCAACGACAAUGAGGCAGGCAACGACUCUCCUUUACCUGAUGGGUCUCAAGCUGAAAACCUGGACAGCUUUUUCUACAGUUGGCAGAUGAAACCAGACUGUAUUAAACCUCCACGCAUGAUACAGCACUUUCCUAAAGCGGCCAAAAGCCCCGUGAGCUGCGACUUCCUGUUCUCCUCUCCGGAUUCACCGCUGAGUUCCUGCUUCAGGGUGGUGGGUCCCGGUCAGUUCUUGUCAGUGUGUGAGCUGAGCUCCUCCAGGGCCCCCUGCAGACUAGCAUCUGCUUUUGUUCUUCUCUGCCAGCAGAGCUACAUACCUCUGGAGGUCCCUGCCCAGUGCUUUAAAGUAUGAAGGAAGGACGAACGCAAGAAAAGCAAAGAUGGAUGAUAUUAUGACCUCUGUUAGCUGCUAAAACUAAAUUUACACUUUUAUACCACUGUUUGUGCUACAUUACUAUUAUACUUUUAUUUUGUACGAAAUUUUGUAUUCCAUUGUACACAAUAUUAUACCUCCUGUAAUGUACACUUUUGUCCUGUUUAGACAUGCAGAUAUUGUGCCGGUAAUGUGAAUGUGAACAUACUGCAGCAGGUA